AUGGCGUGCGGCAUUGCUAACCCUCCCCCCACUCCACUUGCUCCCCUCUCCCUCUGGCCUCUCUCCCUCCCUCGCCAGAUCCACCUCGCCCCACACCUAACCCGACGACCCCCGCGGGAGCACGCCGCCGUCCGCCCGCGCCCGCUCCACCGCCCCCGCCCUACCUCCUCGGCCCCCCUCCCCACUUGCGCCCUCGCGCUUCCCCUUGCCCUCUCCGACCUCUCUCCUCUCCCCCAGAGCCCGGAAAGCCUCGCCGCCGUCGCCCCGUCUCCUCCCACCCGCCGCCAGACCACCGCCGCCGCAGCCAUCCCCAAGCUGAAGGAGGACGGUGCUUUCCUGCCGUGGCUGCGGAGCAAGGCCGGGUCUGCCAUCUCGUCGGCGCUGCGCAUCGGGUCCUCGCCGCUGGGAAGGUCCUUGUUCGCGUCGCAGCUGAUCCAGGAGGGGACUGCACCGGAUCCGCCAUCGCCAAGGAGCCACACAGCACCGGAUCCACCUCGUCUUCUUCCUCGGGUCGCCAGCGUCUUCCUCAACUCCGGCCACCACAACUCUGGUCUCCGCUCCACCUCUGCUUGCUGCUGCGCCUCCCCGAAAAUACCAUUUGGUAUCUGGCAGCAUGGCUCUUCCCUGAGGACCGUUGAGAGGUUCUUAUAUUGUUAGCCCGUUAUCGCAAUGCAAGCUGCUCCUAGGUUAUCUGACGAUGCUAUUGAUGUUGUCGCUAUGCGGUUAUUCUGCAAGCUGUGUGGUUGAGUGGUUCCUCUACCUACAGGCUGUGAAAUGCAUUGGUAGAAAUUAUCUGAACUUUGCUAGUUUGUUAAGUGCGGUGUUCCACCAGUGCUUGCCUGAACUUAUUGUGGUGGUCACUAGUACUCUACUGGUACUAUGAAAGCUGUUAGCUUCUUGCUAAUGUGGAAUGUUGUGCUUGUGCAUGAUCUUAAGACCGUGUCGCUGCUUAUCUGUCUAUUAUCUUUAACA